CACUUUAUGGACAAACAGACGAAACCGCACUCCGGUCUGUAUCCCAAUUACGUGAACCCACACAACGGCCAGUGGGGCGAAGACUCGGUGUCGUUGGGAGCACUCGGAGACAGCUUUUACGAGUACCUCAUCAAGUCAUGGGUCCAAUCAAACGGUACGGACCCACAGGCGCUCAGCCUCUACAACAAAGCCAUGGACGCCGUGGAUAAGCAGUUGGUCCAGAAGUCACGCAAUGGAUUGACGUAUUUGGCGAAAAUGAGUUACGGGCACCUGGAGCACAAAAUGGAGCACUUGGCCUGCUUUACAGGCGGUAUGUUCGGGUUGGGAGCUCUGCACGCGUCGGACGACACCACUCGCCACCACUUCCUGUCGUUGGCGGCGAAGAUCACCGACACCUGCGCCCAAUCGUACGCUCGCACGGCUACACACAUCGGACCGGAAGCCUUCUAUUUCACGGAUAGGGAGGAAGCGGUGGCUCUCAAUAAUCACGAGAAGUAUUAUAUACUGCGACCGGAAGUGAUUGAGAGCUACUUCUACUUAUGGCGUCUAACACACGACCAGCGCUUCCGGGACUACGCCUGGAGUGCCGCUCAGGCCAUUCAAAGGCACUGUCACACAGACUAUGGCUUCUCCGGCAUUCGCAACACCAGUGAUGUCCAGUCGGCCAAAGACGACGUCCAGCAGACCUUCUUCUUAGCCGAAACACUCAAAUACUUGUAUCUGAUCUUCUCUUCAGACGACUUGAUCUCAUUGGACGACUGGGUCUUCAACACGGAAGCGCAUCCCUUCCCUAUACUCACCACAAAGACUGGACUUUCGUACAAUUGA